UACCUUGCUCUGCUUUGCGAAAUCCUCUUCUAAUAGUCAGUAUACGACUCUGUCUACGUCUCUAUCUCCUUUGUCACAAUCAAAGACGAACUCUGGUUCGAUCUCUCUUUGCUUGCUUAAUUAACAAGCACAUUCUUCGCUGCCUUCCUGUCUCUGUAAAACAAGGAGUCAUGCUGCUUUUUCUUGAAUCAGUAUUCGCUCUCUUGAUUGUUGCCAUUCCUUUUAUAUUCUUCAAAAUAAAAGCAGAAUCGAAGAAAAGGAAUUCGGGAAGCAAGAGUAGUGUAGGAGUUAGUCCAAAUACCGUAGAAGAUGAUGGUAUUGUUGAAUCUGUGCACGAUAAGUGUAUCUCGAACAAAAUCUCCAAUGGAAGUCGUGGAUCGAUUGAUAUAGACGACGAUGAUGCGGUUUCUGGAGAAACUGUUGCUGAUGAUUCAAGAGAGAAAUAUCUUCAAACAAGUUCUGAUGAGAGCUGUGGCGUGCGUGAAUGCAAAGAGACCUCGAUUGAUGAGAAUCCUGAAAGUGUCAAUCUCGACGAAAUUGAAGUUGAUGAAGUUCGUGCAGUUAAAUCUGAAGAGAUUGAUGGUUUUGUGAAGGAAAGGUUGCUUGAUGAUAGUCAAUGCAAAGAGACCUAUAUUGCGGAGAGUCCCGCAGGAGUCAACCUCGACGAAAUUGAAGUUGAUUCGGUUAAUGACGACGAUGUUUGUGUAAACAAGUCCGAAGAGAUUCAAGUUUAUGUAGAUGAUGAAGUUGGUGACUCACUGGGCCUUAAUUCUGGCAAAGGGGACGACGAAAUUGAUGGAGUAAUCAUGGAUGUCGAUGAUGUUGUUGCCAAUGAGAGAUUGUUUGAUGAGGAAGAUGAUUGGGAGGGAAUUGAGAGGACUGAUUUGGAGGAGGCGUUUGGUGCUGCUGUGGUUUACCUUGCGUCAAGGAGUAAUGCUGAUCCAGUAUCGAGUCUUGGUAGUGAUGCGAAGAUGCGACUCUAUGCGCUUCAUAAGGUUGCCACUGAAGGUCCCUGCCAUCAGCCCCAACCAAUGCCAUUUAAGGUCUCUGCUCGCACAAAAUGGAAUGCUUGGCAACAACUAGGCAAUUUGAGUCCUGAGAAGGCCAUGGAGCAGUAUAUUGCCCUGCUUUCGGAAAGCAUUCCUAGUUGGAUGCAAGAUGAUUUUCGGAUGCCAAAGCAUUUAGGUAGCUAGCUCUUAAUUUAAAGAAAUCAAUUUCAAGCCAUCCAGCUGCUCUAGAUGGGAGGAACUGGAGCUUAGAAGAACUAAUGCCACGUCUAAAGGUCUUGAAGACAGAGUUGGAUCCAGGGUCCAAACUCAUUGAACAGUAGUUUGUUUUUUUUUUUUUUCCUUUUAUGGUUGGUAGAAGAAAUUUAGCAGACAUAUUCUGGAUACUGACCAGUUCAUGUCUUGGAGAUAAUAGACAAUGAAUUCUUUUAUUUAAAGAUACUCUAUGCAUAUAAAAUUUAAUUUUUUCCCUUAUUUUUCCUCAAAUUGACUACAGCUUUAAAUUAACUUAUUAACUACUGUGUAGCUGAGUCUCAGUCACAAGUGUGUUUUAACUGAAGCACUGGUGAAACAGAUUCAUGGCGCAGGAUUCCAUUGAUGAAUAGAGACAAUUAAAUCUUUUCUGAUUUCCAUCGAAGUUACUGAUGUUUCUGAUGUACUCUUUUUUUUUUUUUUUUU